CCAACUCAGACUGUGAUGCCUGGUCAGGUAAUGCGAGUUACCACUGGUGCUCCAAUUCCGUGUGGUGCUGAUGCAGUGGUGCAAGUGGAAGACACAGAGCUCAUCAGGGAAUCAGAUGAUGGCACUGAAGAACUAGAGGUUCGAAUCCUGGUGCAGGCUCGACCAGGCCAAGAUAUCAGACCUAUAGGACAUGACAUUAAACGAGGUGAAUGUGUGCUGGCUAAAGGAACUCACAUGGGUCCAUCUGAGAUUGGUCUCUUAGCAACUGUUGGUGUAACCGAAGUAGAGGUUAACAAGUUUCCAGUGGUUGCAGUCAUGUCAACAGGGAAUGAGCUACUGAAUCCUGAAGAUGACCUCUUGCCAGGAAAGAUUCGGGACAGUAACCGUUCAACUCUCCUAGCUACAAUUCAGGAACAUGGCUAUCCAACAAUCAACUUGGGAAUUGUGGGAGAUAACCCAGAUGAUUUACUGAAUGCACUGAAUGAGGGUAUCAGCCGUGCUGAUGUGAUCAUUACAUCAGGAGGUGUAUCUAUGGGGGAAAAGGACUAUCUUAAACAGGUGCUGGAUAUUGAUCUUCAUGCACAGAUUCACUUUGGCAGAGUUUUUAUGAAACCGGGCCUGCCAACAACUUUUGCAACUCUGGAUAUUGAUGGUGUACGAAAAAUAAUCUUUGCGCUGCCAGGCAACCCUGUGUCAGCUGUUGUCACCUGCAAUCUCUUUGUUGUUCCCGCACUGAGGAAAAUGCAGGGUAUCCUGGAUCCUCGACCCACCAUCAUCAAAGCCAGGUUAUCAUGUGAUGUAAAAUUGGACCCCCGUCCAGAGUAUCACCGGUGCAUACUGACUUGGCAUCAUCAAGAACCACUACCUUGGGCACAGAGUACAG